AUGGGUGUAAAGCAGCCAUUAAAAUUUCAGCCAAAUCUCUCUUUCUCGAUUUUUCCCAUUCUUUCUUUCUUUCUUUCUUUCUUUCUUUCUUUCUUUCUUGUUUUACCUCUUUUCUCGCUUUAUUUCUUUCUCUUUUUUCCUCUAUUUCUCUCUUUUUCCCCUUAUUCUCUCAUUUUUAAUCCCUUUCUCUCUGCCUCCCUUUGUUUGUUUGUUUCUUUCUUUCUUUCACGUUUUUUCUACCUUUCCCAUUUCUAUCUUUCUUUUCUUUCUUUCUUUCUUUCUUUCUUUCUUUCUUGUUUUACCUCUUUUCUCUCUUUUACCCCUUUAUUUCUUUCUCUUUUUUCCUCUUUUUCCCCUUUCUCUCUCGUUUUUAUUCCCUUUUUCUCUGCCUUUCUUUCUUUCUUUCUUUCUUUCUUUCUCGUUUUUUCUAUCUUUCCCUAUUUCCCCUUUCUAUCUUUCUUUUCUUUCUUUCUUUCUUUCUUUUUUCCUCUCUUUCUCUCUUUUCCUACCUUCUCUCUCUCGUUUUUCCUCUCUUUCUCUCUCAGUUAUAAUAAUUUUAGUAUUGGAGAAAAAAAAUUAAACAUAGAAUAG